AGACUUUGAGGGAUCUGAUGAACCCUUUAGAUCAACGUAAGAAGGAAAUAACAGGAAACUCUUCAGCUGCAGGUCCUCUAAACCGUACCUGCUCAGUCAGCAGGAUGUCACAUUACGGAAAAAGUUACAUAUGUAGGCGUGUUUUGUUUGUCAAGCAAAUUGGAUUUACCGUACGUACGACCGACCAGUUUGAUCGGAUUUUUACAAGACUCGCGUUUAUUUUGACGCCACAUUCCACGGAAAGGUUUAUGCUGGUAGAUGAAAUUGGCGACUCAGAUUUACCGAGAUCAGGUUACUGCACAGGCAACUGCGGCAGCUGUUUAGCAUGUCGGGGAUGACGGCCAGUACCACAAACUACCUGUGGUCUUUACAGGACGUCCUUGGCCAAGGAGCUACUGCCAGUGUUUUCAAGGCACGCAACAAGAAAUCUGGUGAGCUGGUGGCAGUCAAGGUGUUUAACAUGGUGAGCUACAACCGUCCCCAUGAGGUCCAGAUGAGAGAGUUUGAGAUGCUGAGGAAGCUUAACCACAGCAAUAUUGUCAGGCUGUUCGCUGUGGAAGAGCUGCCCUCGAAACAGAAGGUGCUGGUGAUGGAGUAUUGUUCUGGAGGAAGUCUGCUCAGCCUGCUUGAGGAGUCAGAAAACGCCUUUGGCCUGCCUGAAACAGAGUUCCUCACAGUUUUGCAGUGUGUAGUGCAGGGGAUGAACCACCUGCGGGAAAAGGGGGUGGUACACCGGGACAUUAAGCCAGGCAACAUCAUGCGGCAGGUUGGGGAGGACGGCAAGUCGAUUUACAAGCUGACAGACUUUGGAGCAGCAAGAGAGCUGGAAGAUGAUGAGAAGUUUGUGUCUAUUUAUGGGACUGAAGAAUAUCUGCACCCAGACAUGUAUGAACGUGCUGUGCUGCGUAAGCCUCAUCAGAAGUCCUAUGGCGUGAGCGUAGACCUGUGGAGUAUUGGUGUGACAUUUUACCAUGCUGCCACUGGGAGUCUUCCCUUCACACCAUAUGGAGGACCCCGCAGGAACAAGCCCACCAUGUUCAAAAUAACUACAGAGAAGCCAACAGGAGCAAUAGCUGGAGUACAGAGAAUGGAUGGCGGGCCAAUAGAGUGGGGCUACCACCUCCCUCACAGCUGCCAGCUCUCACAGGGUCUGACGGCACAGCUGGUUCCAGUACUCGCAGGUAUAGUGGAGGCUGACCAGGACAGGUGUUGGGGUUUUGAGCAGUUCUUCAAAGCCACCACAGACAUCCUGCAGCGGCAGCCAGUUCACCUCUUCUCUCUGCAACAGGCCAUGGCACAUUGUGUGUACAUACACCACUACAGCACGGUGUCUGUAUUCUUUGAGGAAGUGGCGGCUCAGACUGGUAUCGCAGUUCAGCUGCAACAUCUGCUGUACCUGGGUCACGACCUCCCUCUGGAGGGCAGCAUGAAGGUGGUCAACCUUCCGCCUACUACACCUACCCGGCCCCUCAUCCUGCUCAGCUACGGGCCUGAAGCGAACACCAGCCUGCCGGUCAGAGAACCCGAGACUCCAAUCAUCCCAUCCAGGUUUGACGUUUUGGCAGACUACAAUUUCUCUAAGGUAAUGGUGGGAAUGAUCCACCAGUAUCUGAGGAUAGUAAAGCUGCUGCACACGCACCAAGAGCUGCUGCUGCAAGGAUACUACAGCUACAUGAUGAGGCUGCGCAGGGAGUGUGAAGAAGCAAUGCACAGUAUCGCCAUGAUUACCGUCAGACUGCAGUCCUGUCUCAAUGUAGAACACAGGACUCGCACACUAGGCCAUUAUGAUGCUGAAAACCAGGGUUCAGCUGACGGCAGGCAAAAGCUGCAUCUGGUCCGUGAGCACCUGCCUAUUUACACGGGCGGUAUCCAAGAGUUUCAGAGCCGACUGGACCAUCUGCAGAUCGAACAGGCCAAGUUAGCAGAGACGCUGGCCAGUGACAAGAGCUGUCAGAAGAUGGAGAUGCUGCUGCAGAAGAUAAUGGCAAUUUAUCAGCAUUACCGCAAAGACAGAAUGACUGGCAAGUUGGCGUACAACGACGAGCAAAUCCACAAGUUUGAGAAACUGCACCUGUCGGCCCACAUUAAGCGAGUGAAAUCUCUCUUUAGAGACGACUGCGUACAGAGAUACAAAGAGCUGUUGGCCUCAACGAGGACAUGGAGCAGUGUGUUGCUGGAAAUGCAUACCCGACUCCAGGACUUUGGCUCUUUCUCCACUGGCUUGUUGGCAGACCUGGAGAUGAGUGAGCAGCGGCAAAAUAAGGUUCUGGACAGAAUCCUUUCCACUCUGCAGUCCAUGGGGACAGGACCACAGCCUGAAGUUGCACCUAGAGACAAGAACCAGAUGGUCAAUAGCAUGCACCAUCUAAAGCAUGAAAUGGAGAUUUUGGUAAGGGAGCUACAUCACAACAACAGCAUUAUUGAGAGUCUGGGAGCAGUGAACCCUGCAGAGUCGAGCUUGGCCAGACCUUCUACUCUGUGACAAAAGUGCCUCAUCUUAAUUCACAAACACACACACAUGCACACGCACACACACACAUACACACACACACUCUGGCAAACACUGCAUAUAAACUCCCACUCAUCAACAGUUAUGGACAAUGCAUUGAUUUUUCUUUCAAGGUCAUUCUGUAUGGACAGGAAGCAGGCGAAGACAAUCGAUCAAAAUGUGAAUCUCAAUUUAGAGAUAAGAUGCACAGAAUGGAGGAGGAGG